AUGAAUUUUAGUCUUUUCCCAAAUUCACGUCCAAACAAAAUUCCUAAUGAUGAAAGACAAAUAAAGGUCUCUAUUAUUAAUGAUGAAAAACCAUUAUCUUACAUUUUAGUUAACUUAUAUAAAGAGAAAACGUUAAGAGAUGCGCGAAAAAUUUUAUCUUCAACCGAAGAGGUAUUAAUGGGUUGGCAAAAUGCGUUCUUUUGUAAUAAGUUAAAGAAAAAAAUUCCUAUUAGUCAAGAAGAUAAAUAUAAGCUUGAAGACGUUUUGAUUCCAGAAAAUGACCAUUAUUUAUUAAUUAUAGAGAUAAAUCAAUUACCAAGCUUUCCAAAAAUUAUACGACAACAUGAUAUAGAAAAAGGGUAUAUGAAACUUAAAGAUGGUUCUUUAGUUGCUGCAGAACAUUCAGCAUUCUUUAUAAAAAAUUCACAUCUAAUGAGUAUCACACUUAAUUAUGAUUUUCAAUCCAUUUGUAAAAAGACAAGAAAAAAUUUUGAUCAAAUAUGGAUAAAAAGUUUGGAAGAAGAGGGUUUUGAUUUUUUAGAUGAAGAAAUAAAAAAUGAAAAUGACAAAUUGGCGCUAAGUGAGUGCACAAUUACAUAUUGUGAAAAUGGUUCAAUUAUAUUGUCAUAUAAAGAUUUAGAAGCGACAAAAGAAUAUAUUAAAGCUAUUGAAAGUGCAUUGGAUGAAAAUCUUCCUGAUGAACGAAAAGUAGAAGCAUUGAAUGAUGUUGGUAAAAACUAUGGUUUUUUUUGGAUACAAGAAUUUAAACUUGGUAAAAAAUUUGUGCAAGUUACUCAAAACGAAGAGACACGACAUAAAGCAGUUGGUGGCGAUUAUGCAAAACAUCAAAAUAUAUCCGAAUGGCUUAAAAGUCCAGGAUCUUAUAAUGAGUGGGGAAUUAUUAAUUAUGGACCUAAAUUACCACUUUAUUUAUUAUUAUCAGAAGAGAUACAAUUAAAAAUAAAAAAGUUGAUUGGAGAAAAAAUACUUUAUACAGAUGUACAUAAUUUUAGGAUAGCGAAUUAUGAUCUCAGUCUGCCUAUUAUUUUGCAAGUCCCCUUACCAGCAAAUCUUUUACCACUAAGUGACUGUAAGCUAUUUGCAACUAUUCUUAAUAAAGCCGAUAGAAAGCCAUAUAAAAAUGUGUUCGCACUUCGCAUUGAUUAUUUGAAUGAUGAUACACCAUAUUUCGUAAUACACCAUAUCGGUGCAGUCCCUAAUCUUCCACAAACAAUAGAUCUCUCAAUAUCAUGGAUGGUUAUUGGAUAUGAGAAAAAUUUUCCGUUAGAACCAUUUGUGAAUAAUUCUUCUCUAAAAUAUAUCUGGACUAGGGAACAAGAUAAUACGAAUAUUUUACUUCCAAACCCUAUUCCACACAAUCAUGCCUGGGUAACCACAAUCAUUUUACGUUGUAAUAAAAAUCAUGGUUAUCGAUUUGCUCGGUCAUUAGCUCUGAUCAGCCACCAUAUUUCUCAAUUAAAUGAUAGAAUGACGACAAAUGUACGUCUCAAUGUACAUAACCAUAAUAAUCCAUUAAAUUUUGAAAUUAAUUGCACUAUUCUUAGUGAAAAUGAUAAUGGAGGAUUAAUUCCCGUCAUUGUUGAAGGUCCAACUAAUCAGCGGUGGCAAAAUAGAAGAACUAGAGGGUUUCUAAGCAAUGAUCGUAGACUUUUUACUAGUAGAUGGCAAUUAGCUAAUAAUGAUAAUUAUCGGUUGCCUAAUAAUGAUAAUUAUCUAAUUUUUGCAAGUCUUUUAUGUUUAAAUGCAAAUUCUGUACAAGGGUGUAAUGAUUUAUCUUUAAAUAUUAGUCCAAAAUAUGCUAUUAUUAAGUCACCAAACAACCUGGGCAAUAAUCCUAACUGUCGAAUCACUUAUAUUGUAUUGAGAAAACCCUAA